AUGGAAGAUAUCGAUGUCGAUUGUGCUGACUAUUUCAAGUCUCCGGUCGUAUCCAAGAAACACACAGCAUUUGACCAGCCUGAGGAUGAUUCGCUGGGCUAUUUUUCCGGAGAGUUGAAUACUGCAUCGUUAAACUUGAAGGACGACAUGUCUGGCCAGACGAGGCUGAUAGAAAACAGUGAACCUCGCGUUUUUUCGCUGGAAAGUUCGCUUUCAAAGUUAAACAUUUCAAGUAGUUGUAAAUCAGACUCUGACCAGUGCGAUUCGGGUGUUGUUGUAGAAAAACCCUUCGAAUCGACGGACUCAGUAACCAAACCUGAAAGUUGUCAUUGGGUGUCCACGCAUUUCUCUUCAGACCAGAUUUUAGACAUAUUCAGAGGAGACGAAGAUGGGGAUAAGUAA